GGCUAGUCACAAACUUUGGAAUUGUAAAUAAUAAAGAUUUCUGUUGCGUUUGCUUUCUUUAUGCAGACAGAUAGGGCUGCUAUGAUCGAUGAGAUUGUCGAUUAUGUUAAGUUUCUCAGGCUCCAAGUUAAGGUAUUGAGCAUGAGUCGUCUUGGUGGAGCCGGUGCUGUCGCACCACUAGUCACUGAAAUGCCAUUGUCGUCAUCAAUUGAGGACGAGACGCAGGCCGUGUGGGAAAAAUGGUCAAACGAUGGGACAGAGCGGCAAGUGGCUAAGCUGAUGGAAGAAAACGUUGGAGCAGCGAUGCAGCUAUUGCAAUCAAAGGCUCUUUGCAUUAUGCCAAUCUCGUUGGCAAUGGCGAUUUACCAUUCUCAGCCACCAGACACAUCUUCUUCAAUCGUCAAACCAGAGAUGAAUCCUCCACCAUAGAUUUUGUUUAUGGGACAGCAUCCAACGUUCCUCAGCUGAAGAUUGACAUUUUGCUCCUUUUCCCACUAUCUAGACUUUUGUGACUGAUGAAAGGUAAGUAAAAAGACAUUGGAGGUGGAAUCUAAGUAGGAUUUGUGCAGUAAAGAAGUAAGAAUGGGAAGUGUCAAAAGAAGAAAAAGGCUCUCUCGCUUGCUUGGCCUAAUAUUCUAUCAAUUUGAUGAAAGUAACUCUUUUUGUUUUAAAGACUUUAGUGGGAGUUUGAGGAGGAAAACGCUUUGAGGGUAAGGGUAGUAAAGUAGCUCUGUAGUAGUAGUAAUGAAAGGUGUGGGAUCGCUUUGAAUUAUUAUGUAAAAAAAGGAAAGAAAAAAGUGUUCGUUGUA